GAAACCUCGACUCGCCUCGUUGUUUGCGGAAUCAGAUCGAUCCGAAGAGGGCCGCCGGAAUCUGAAGGCGGUGGAUUUGGGGUUCUUCACUCGGCGUCGCCUUCGGGAGCAAGAAGGCUUCGGGAGCAACUGCAGGUCACUGAACUUCGAUAUAUCUUCCGCUCGUCCCUGCAUCUCGUGCAUGUCUUCCUUCUCUCUCACGAAAUCGACCAUGAGAGCGAAGUAGACCUACACCAUGCCAUUUGUAUGGAUCGCAAGGUGACUCACGCUUCCUGGCCUCUCCAGAUGCCGCUGUCGCCCUCCUCCGCUGCAUUAAUUGACCACAGGGGAAGCAGAUCUACGCGUCAAAUCUAGGGCGCUCGAGCUCCUCCUCUCAGACUAACGCAGAAGUAUGGCGGUGCUUGCGAUGGCUUCCGGGGUCCUCCGGCCGAGCCUUGGACUGAAUCUGGAACCGGGAGGUGCUGGCUUGUGGCCCACCCUUUUGAGCCACUCGCUUCGUCGCUCCCGAUCUGCGAUCUCGACCCCAUCAAAGAUCAGAUGUCCAUCCCAACGCACUCCUAGAGCUACAUACUCAACUGCUGUUGAGGAUGACAGUUCCAAAGAGACUGACAGAAUUCCAACACCUAAAGUGAUAAUUGAUCAAGACUCAAACCCAGAUGCAACCAUCGUCGAGGUAGCCUUUGGCGAUCGCCUUGGAGCACUACUUGACACUAUGAACUCACUGAGGAACCUAGGACUUCAUGUUGUGAAGGCUGAUGAAUACUUGGAGUCUACUGGGAAGCAUCAUAGAUUCAUGGUAACUAACAGGAGUCUAGCAGUAAACUGGCCAUGGGAGCAACCUUUGGAGUGGAGGCACCUGAGCAGAAGGUUCUCAUCUUCAUUUGUUUUUCAGAUUGACGUCGACGUUGCAACCCAUAUAGAUAUUUAUGACGAUGGACCUGACAGAAGCUUACUUGUGGUGGAGACAGCGGAUCGUCCUGGCUUGCUGGUUGAUCUUGUCCAGAGCAUCAAUGACAUAAAUAUCACAGUCCAGUCAGGAGAGUUCGGCACGGAGGGAUUGCUGGCUAAAGCAAAGUUUCAUGUCAGCUAUAGGAACAGAGCCAUCAUUAAUUCUUUGCAACAGGUUCUUUCUAAUAGCUUGAGCUAUUCCUUGAGGAGGCCAUCGACCGAGGAUGCAAGCUUUUAGUCACUUUCUGGGACAACUUCAACAUGGUAUAAUUAUGUGACUCAAAAUUUCUGUGUCAAAAGAAAAUGAUGUGGUAAUACUUUUAUCUAUGGAUUCUACCUGUGCUACAUGAAAAAUAUCGAUUGCAUUUUAGUUA